AUGACCGACACCGUUGCCACAACUCCGGCACCAGUCGUCGCAUCGCCGGCCGCCAAGAAGUCUCCUGCAAAGAAGAAGUUGUUGGCCUCUAAAUCCAAGAAGACUACCGUUGCGUUGCAUCCGACCACCGCCGUGAUGGUCACCUCGGCUAUCAAAGAGCUCAAGGAGAAGAAGGGUUCGUCGCUGCCAGCCAUUAAAAAAUACUUGGCCGCCAACUACAAAGUCGAUCCCGCCAAGUUGGCGCCUUUCAUUAGAAAGUUUUUGAAAGCCGCCGUCGCCAACGGUACCGUCGUUCAGACAAAGGGAACCGGCGCUUCGGGACAUUUCAAGCUGCCCGUGGCGGAGGUCAAGGCGAAAAAGGUCGUUAAUCCAGUCAACAGCCAGCCUGUUCAUACCUACUCUGCCGACCAACUCUGCAUCCAGCUUCUGAAGCAGUACCUUCAACAGGGCAACAGUGCCCACGGGUCAAAUCCGACCGUCAACCGUCAACUGCCGGUUCACUCCAACAGGACAUCAGCGUCUCAAUAA